AGUUGCAAUGGCUCUGCUAAAACUUGAUCAUGCGGGAUUUCAAGCGAUAAAGAGCUGCUGGGCUGCUAUUUACUGCGGUGGGAACAAGUUGCAGGAUGAAAUCCAGGCGUUAAGGGACCUAUUUUCCACUUCACUGUUUGCAAAGGAAUCUACUGAAAUGACUUUGAGGAUCUUUAAACUGGAACUAUGUGGAGGGAGAAUGCAGGGAUAAAGCUGGCAAAGAUGAGGAAAAUUGGCUGUGCUCUCCUGGUACUCCAAGCUCUUCUGGCACCUUUGGAUCUUGUUCGUGGAGCAGAGAAAAAUUAUCCCGUCCUGAACAUUGCAGUGAUUCUGGGAAGGACCAAGUAUAUAACAGAGAGAGAUAUCAGAGCUCUCUGGACCAGGGAAAUGUCAGCAGACCUGACUGUUGAUAUCAAUGUAGUGACCCUUCUUGUGAACCAGACUGACCCUAAGAGCAUCAUAACACAUGUUUGUGACUUGAUGUCAGGCACCAAGAUCCAUGGAGUGGUUUUUGGAGAUGACACUGAUCAGGAGGCAGUAGCUCAGAUUUUGGAUUUUAUUUCAUCUCAGACUUCUAUUCCAAUUCUUGGAAUUCAUGGCGGGGCCUCCAUGAUAAUGGCAGAUAAGGAUGUCAUGUCCACGUUCUUCCAGUUUGGGGCUUCCAUCCAGCAAGAAGCCAUUAUCAUGCUGAAGAUCAUGCAGGAUUACGACUGGCACGUGUUCUCUCUGGUGACCACCACUUUCCCUGGAUAUCGAGAUUUCAUCAAUGUCAUUAAGACCACUGUGGAGAACAGUUUUGUGGGCUGGGACAUGCAGAACAUCAUCAUACUCGAUACUGCCUUUGGAGAUGCCAAGACCCAAAUUCAGCUGAAGAAAAUCCAUUCAUCCGUCAUCCUGCUGUAUUGUUCCAAGGAUGAAGCUGUCUACAUCCUGGACGAGGCUCGGUCCCUGGGCCUCACUGGCUACGAUUUCUUUUGGAUAGUUCCCAGCCUGGUUAGCGGUAACACAGAAAUCACUCCCAAGGAGUUCCCUUCAGGACUCAUUUCAGCAGCUUAUGAUGAGUGGGACUACAGUUUAGAAGCUCGGGUUCGGGAUGGCCUUGGGGUUAUUGCCACUGCUGCAUCAGCCAUGCUGGAAAAGUAUUCCUUCAUUCCCGAGGCCAGGACGAGCUGCUAUGGACAACUGGAGAAAAAUGACCGGCCUUCUCAAACCUUGCACAAGUUCAUGAUGAAUGUGACGUGGGAAGGCAGAGAUUUGUCCUUCACAGCAGAUGGUUACCAGGCACACCCCAGGCUGGUGGUGAUAGUGCUGAACAACGAGCGGGAGUGGGAAAAGGUGGGGAAGUGGGAGAACAACUCCCUGAGCCUCAAGUACUCGGUGUGGCCGAGGUACAGCUCCUUCGCCGACAGCGACCCCGACGACAACCACCUGAGCAUUGUCACCCUGGAGGAGGCUCCCUUUGUCAUUGUUGAGGAUGUGGAUCCUCUCAUGGAAAGCUGCCAGAAGAACACGGUGCCGUGCCGGAAAUUUGUCAAACUUAACAACAAAACUAAUGAGGGAACUAACGUAAAGAAGUGCUGCAAAGGAUUCUGCAUCGAUAUCUUGAAGAAGUUGUCAAAAACUGUCAAGUUCACAUAUGACCUGUACUUGGUGACGAAUGGGAAGCAUGGCAAAAAAGUCAAUAACGUGUGGAAUGGAAUGAUUGGUGAAGUGGUGUAUCACCGGGCAGUGAUGGCUGUGGGCUCCCUCACCAUCAACGAGGAGCGCUCCGAAGUCGUUGAUUUUUCGGUGCCAUUCGUGGAGACUGGGAUCAGUGUCAUGGUGUCACGGAGCAAUGGCACAGUUUCACCAUCUGCUUUCCUAGAGCCUUUUAGUGCUUCUGUCUGGGUGAUGAUGUUUGUGAUGCUUCUCAUCGUGUCUGCCAUGGCUGUCUUUAUAUUUGAGUACUUUAGUCCUGUAGGAUACAACAGGAACUUAGCACAAGGCAGAGAUCCCCAUGGACCAUCCUUUACCAUUGGAAAGGCAGUGUGGUUACUGUGGGGCUUGGUCUUCAACAACUCUGUGCCCGUGCAAAACCCCAAGGGGACGACGAGUAAAAUCAUGGUGUCGGUCUGGGCUUUCUUUGCUGUCAUUUUCCUGGCCAGUUACACUGCCAACUUAGCUGCCUUUAUGAUUCAAGAGGAAUUUGUUGACCAAGUGACUGGGCUGAGUGAUAAAAAGUUUCAAAGGCCACAUGAUUAUUCACCUCCUUUUCGGUUUGGGACGGUCCCAAAUGGAAGCACUGAGAGGAAUAUCCGAAACAACUACCCUGAUAUGCACCUUUACAUGACCAAGUUCAACCAGAAAGGAGUCGAAGAUGCCUUGGUCAGCUUGAAAACUGGGAAGUUGGAUGCUUUCAUCUAUGAUGCAGCAGUGCUGAAUUACAAAGCUGGAAGAGAUGAAGGCUGCAAACUUGUCACAAUAGGCAGUGGGUACAUCUUUGCCACUACUGGCUAUGGGAUUGCUCUCCAGAAAGGAUCACCUUGGAAGAGACAAAUUGAUCUCGCCCUCCUUCAGUUUGUGGGAGACGGGGAAAUGGAAGAGUUAGAAACCCUGUGGCUGACUGGUAUUUGUCACAACGAGAAGAAUGAAGUCAUGAGCAGCCAGCUGGACAUCGACAACAUGGCAGGAGUGUUUUAUAUGCUUGCAGCAGCCAUGGCACUCAGCUUAAUAACCUUUGUCUGGGAGCACUUAUUUUACUGGAAACUUAGAUUCUGCUUCACUGGAGUCUGCUCGGAUAGACCAGGAUUGCUGUUCUCAAUCAGCAGGGGUAUUUACAGUUGCAUCCAUGGAGUACACAUUGAAGAGAAAAAGAAGUCUCCUGACUUUUCUUUGACCAAUUCACAAACCAACAUGUUAAAACUGCUGCGAACAGCCAAAAACAUGACCAAUAUCAAUCCUUCAAGAAUUGACUCACCCAAAAGAACAACUGAUUUUAUUCAGAGGGGUUCUUUGAUUAUGGACAUGGUCAUGGAUAAGGGAAACUUGAUAUUUUCUGAUAACAGAUCCUUUCAGACAAAGGACAACUUUUUUGGUGACAACAUAAGUGAACUGCAGACACUUCCUGGCAAUCGACAUAAGGACAAUCUGAACAACUAUGUUUUCCAAGGGCAGCAUCCUCUCACACUGAAUGAGUCCAAUCCAAAUACAGUAGAGGUUGCAGUAACGACAGAAGCAAAAGUGAACUCCAGACCUAGGCAGCUUUGGAGGAAAUCUGUCGAAUCUUUACGCCAAGAUUCUGUACGUCAGGGCCAAGGUUCCCAGAGAGAAAAUGGGUCAGAGGAAAACAGGCAGCUUUCACUGAAAAGCCAAAGAUACCUUCCUGAAGAGAUUGUCCAUUCAGAUGUAUCAGAGACAUCAAGCAGAGCUACUUGCCACAUAGAAGCUGAAAACAACAACAAGCACCACAAAACCAAGGACAAUUUUAAAAAAAGGACAGUAGCAUCAAAAUACCCAAAGGACUGUAGUGAAGUGGAACUGACAUAUCUGAAAACCAAACAGGGCUCUCCACGGGAUAAAAUCUACACAAUUGAUGGUGACAAGGAGCCAGGAUUCCGCUUGGACACACCUCAGUACAUUGAAAACAUUGUCCUCCCAGAACCUGUAGAGCUUCCCGAUGUUUACCAAGAUCACAACGACAACUACAGGAAAGCCGAACACUCUAACAGGACUCCGUCACAUAAUGAAGACAGUCUUCCAAAUAAUGACCAGUAUAAACUUUAUGGAAAGCACUACACUCUGAAAGAAAAAAAUACUUCCCUAGGUGACAUGAAUGAUAGGUACAGACAGAAUUCCACCCACUGCAGGAGCUGUCUCUCCAACAUGCCCACUUACGCUGGGCACUACUCGACCAGAUCUCCCUAUAAAUGCGAUGCAUGCCUGCGGAUGGGGAACCUCUAUGAUAUUGAGGAAGAUCAGAUGCUGCAGGAUACAACGAACUUAUCACUUCCUGAAGAAAUAUAUGAGCGUACUUGGUCACAAAGUAGUGCUCUGCAAUAUCAUAAAAAGAAUAAACUGAGGAUUAGCAGGCAACACUCUUUUGAUAAUAUCGCUGAUAAGUCCAGGGAAAUUGAUAUUGGAAGACCUUCUCGUAGUAUAAGCUUGAAAGAAAGAGAGAAAUUUCUUCAAAGUAGUCCGUAUGCAAGCAUGUUUAGUGUUCCCUCAAGCAAACUGUUGAGCAACAAGGCCUCACUAGUAACUCAUGCUCUGGAGGACAGUAAGCGGAGCAAGUCCCUGUAUGCUGUUCACUCGGAUGAUAACCCCUUCCUGCACUCCUAUCGUGAUGACCAGCAUUUAUCUCUUAGGCGAAGUCCAGCUGAUCUUUAUAAACAUUCAUUGCCAACAAGAGGAAGAAAUGAUAAUUAUUUCAGGUCAUCCAUACAGUCUACAGCAUCAUACUCUUCCAGGGAUGGUCGGAUCCAUAAUGACAUGUACAUUUCAGAGCAUGUUUUGCCUUACGUUGCAAAUAGGAAUAGCUUGUACUCAACUCCAAGGGUUUUAAAUUCCUGUAGCAAUACACGUGUGUAUAAGAAAAGGCCUAGCAUUGAAUCAGAUGUUUAAAUUUUCCAUGAACACUUUAUCUAUAGGGAAAGAAUAGUUGCCACCAUCUUAGAGGGAGAAUUUUUCCUUUAACAGUAUCCUGCUCUGGUAAAUGAUACGU